AUGGCGUCGGAGAAGAAGCAGUCCAACCCGAUGAGGGAGAUCAAGGUGCAGAAGCUGGUGCUCAACAUCUCUGUCGGAGAGAGUGGGGAUCGCCUCACCCGCGCCGCUAAGGUCCUGGAGCAACUGAGUGGCCAGUCACCAGUGUUCUCUAAGGCUAGGUACACUGUCCGUUCCUUUGGUAUCAGGCGUAAUGAGAAGAUUGCCUGCUAUGUUACUGUAAGGGGUGAGAAGGCAAUGCAGCUUCUGGAGAGUGGACUGAAGGUCAAGGAAUAUGAACUGCUAAGGAGGAACUUCAGUGAGACAGGGUGCUUUGGUUUUGGAAUCCAGGAGCACAUUGAUCUUGGCAUCAAGUAUGAUCCUUCAACUGGUAUCUAUGGAAUGGACUUCUAUGUCGUCCUUGAGCGCGCUGGAUACCGUGUUGCCCGACGCCGCAGGUGCAAGUCCCGUGUUGGAAUCCAGCACAGAGUGACCAAGGAGGAUGCUAUGAAGUGGUUCCAGGUCAAGUAUGAGGGUGUCAUCCUCAACAAGGCUCAGGCUAACACUUCUUAG